AUGUCGGAGCUAUUCCAGGAGCGAACUCCGUUGAAUGUGGUGACGGUCGGCUGUGCUCAUGGAAACCUGAACCAACUGUACCAGGACAUUCAAUGGCAAGCCGCCAACGAGGAAUGGUCUAGUGUUGACCUCGUUAUCAUCGGAGGUGAUUUUCAAGCACUCCGCAAUGUUGACGAUGCCGCUUGUCUGUCUGUCCCAGCCAAGUACCGAAAGAUGGGAGAUUUCCACGAGUACUACAGCGGUGAGCGCACAGCCCCUUAUCUCACGAUCUUCUGUGGCGGCAAUCACGAAGCUGUCAACUAUUCUCGCGAGCUGUACUAUGGCGGCUGGAUGGCUGAGAACAUUUACUACCUCGGUGCCGCGGGCAUCGUUUCUGUUGGAGGCCUCCGCAUUGCGAGUCUGAGUGGAAUCUUCAAACCAUAUGAUUACAAUAAGCCUCAUUUCGAACAUAUCCCCUACGGCGAUCUUGAGCUUACCUCCGCUUUCCAUGUCCGGGAGCUGGACGUCCGCAAGCUCCUCCAGGUGCAGACGCAGGUGGAUAUCGGUCUCUCGCACGACUGGCCUCGAGGAGUCGAGCACUUUGGAGAUGAGGAUCUUCUGUUCAAGAAGAAGAAGGGCUUCCGCGAGGACUCUAUUCACGGAAGACUCGGCAACAAAGCCGCUCGUCAGGUUCUCGACCAUUUGCGCCCGGCAUACUGGCUGUCUGCUCAUUUACAUGUGAAAUUUGCGGCUGCUGUUCCGCAUGACAAUGCCACUACGAAGCAGAUCGACCAAAAUCCCCUGUUGCCCGCUGAAUGGGCUGUUGAAGUCGCCGAUGACCAGCCUAUUUCUACUCAAACCGAACAGACUAAUCGAGAUGAACUGUACGUCCCUCACGCCGACGCGGUGUCUAACAGAAUUCUUCCGGCUACCGGAAGCCGGGAAGAACGCAUCGCCGCAUGGAACGGUUUUCAUGCCGUGGCACGCCGCACCGAAGAAGCGGCCUUUGGAGAGUUCCUUGCUGAAAUGCGCAGUGGAAAGACGGCUCCGCCUCUUCAGACCGCUACAAAGUGGAAGAACCCCGAUACUGGAUAUUUGGAGACCGUGGAGACGACUUUGGAACAAGAUCCCCAUCCAAACAAACGUGCUAAGAACGACGCUGAAAUCGCUCUGGAUUCUGAGAGCGAAAACGGCUCUGAGAACAUGGAGGCACCGGCCAAUGUUAAUGACCAGCCCGGUCCGUCGAAAACCGUUACGACCGAAGUUCCCUCCUUGGACACCGAUGGCGCUAAUGAUACUCCUUCAUUGUCUAAGUUGGCCAACGAAGAAGUUGCGGAUUCGCUCCGCACAAAGCUUCCCGCUGCAUUCGCACGCCCUCCGGCAGCGCCGGCCAAGCCCAAGACGCCCGUCAGGAUUACAAACAAGUUGACCAAAUUCUUGGCUCUGGACAAGCCGAAUAAUCAUGAUCCUUAUCUGCAAUUCGUUAGAGUUACUCCCCGCUCACAGGGGGUUGUUCCCACUUCCACUAGUGAUGAUCUCGACGAGCCACGCACGUCGCCACGGAUCCGGUAUGACCCCGAAUGGCUCGCUAUCCUCCGCACUUUUGCCGACGACCUGGUUCUUGGAGACCCGAAUGCCAGAGUUCCUUUUGAUCUCGGAACUCGGCAUUAUUUGCCCUUGAUCGAAGAGAACAUGCGUUGGGUUGACGAGAACAUCGUCAAGAAGGGUUUGCUCGAUAUUCCCUCCAACUUUGUCCGAUGCGCUCCGACGUUCGACCCAGACACCGAAUCGAACAUCCAGAACCCACAGACUCCUCGAGAGUACCCGAACCCUCAGACUGCCCAAUUCUGUGAACUGAUCGGAAUCGACAACAAGUUCUACCUGAGCGAGGAGGAGUGCCUCGAAAACAUUCGCAAUGCCCCUGAUACUACCGCUCAUCCUGUUCACCGCCGUGGUCGUCGCGGUCGAGGUGGCCGAGGUGGCCGAGGUGGAGGUCGUGGUCGUGGUCGUGGUCGUGGUCGUGGUCGCGGCGGCCUUUACUAA